AAACCGAUUUAUUUUAUCAAUAUCUAGUGUCAAAAACAUCAAGUUUUGAUGAAGAAGAAUUGAUAAAUAUUUUAAAUAACGAAGAACUCAAAUAUUUUUUUCAAAUUGACAAUACAGCAUUUUUUUAUGAGAGAGAUAAUGAUAAACAAGCAUUAAAGCUAUCAAAAAAUAUUAAUAUUCGUAAAAAGAUUAGUGAAAUUAUUCAAAAAAUACAAGACAGAAAG